AUGAAGCUCGCCAGCAUCAUUAGCGCUGUUGCAUUCGCUAUACCACAGCUUACGUUCGCGCAAUUAUCGAACUUCGACGACUGGGAACACGAGCGCAUCCAGCUCGACGACGUCUCGAUCCACUUCCGCUACCACGGCGAAGGACCGCCCGUCCUCCUCGUGCAUGGAUUCCCCCAACACUCACUAACAUGGCAUACCAUCGGUCCAAUCCUGGCUCAGAACUGCAUGUCUUCGCACAUCUUCGAUACGGUAAUCGCCCCAGAUAUCCGCGGAUGCGGAGACUCGUCUAUUCCCACUUCCAAGAACUACACCGCUGCAGCCGCGGGCGCAAACCUCAAAGCCAUCUUAGACUACCUCAACAUCACAUCCACAUACGUCUUUGCGCACGACAAGGGUGUAGGGCUGGCGACAUCCCUCGCUAUCGAACAUCCUUCGCUUGUUAAAGCUAUCAUACUCGCUGAAUACGCACUCCCAGGAUAUGGAUAUCCCUUAACAGUUCAGAGUCCCAGCUUGUACCAGAACUGGCAGCUGGCCUUCUUUGCCGUGUCUGAUGCAGCCGAGUUCUUUAUCCGAGACCGCGAGAAACAGAUGUUGAGUUGGUACUUUUUCCACGCGAGUUAUUCCGGUACGGCGGCCGUGAGUGAAGACCACUUGCAGCGGUAUACGAAUGAGAUUGCGAAGCCGGGGUUUUUGAGGAGCGGUAUGGAAUACUUCGCAGCGGCGUGGGACGACGAGGCGUACUUUACUUCUGUGUUCGGCAGUGGACAUAGGUUGCAAAUGCCGUUGUUGGCGCUGGGUGGUGAGGCGAGCUUUGGGCCUGUGUCGCUGUUGGAACAGGUAUGGUCGCAGAUCGGCGAUGACUUUGUUGCUGAGUUGAUUCCGAAGGCUGGGCACUGGAUUGGCGAUGAGAAUCCGAUUUGGACUGGUAAUCGCGCCUUACGCUUCUUUGAAGAAGCUGGGGAGGUGAGCAGUGUUGAUCUGUCCUACCUUAAAGAUCAAGUGACUCUGCAAGGUGGUACCAUUUGA